UCCAGUCAUGUCGCGUUGAGGUUAUGUCGGUAGUGAUGUGCAGCAAGCCUAGAGUGAUCGCUGCGGAAAUCAAAAAGGACUUUUGUAAGGAUGUGAUUCGAACAAAUGGAACUAAGCCACACAUCGCUGGCGAGCUGGGGCUGGUGGGAGGUACAUCCUCGGAGCCCCACUGGGCGGAGGUGAGGGAUGGACAGCUGGUGGUGUACCCAGGGCCCCGCGGAGGAUGCGGCUCGUCGUGGCGGAUACCCCUGAGACAUCUACACCUCCAACCAGCCGCCUCGGGCAGACCACGGGGGUUCAGCCUCACAAGACAUGGAGAGGCCGAGCCCAUCGCUACGUUCCAGGUCGCCAGUGAGCUGGAUUACUCACGAUGGGUGCGCACCCUAGCGGCAGAGCUGCUCAAGCAGACACCUCUAGAGGCAGUCAAGUACCUGGACAUCCUAGGCAUCACAGCGACCAUCACUCCCCAGCAGCCACAGAGGUCGCUCAGCCCGGAGUACCACAGUGAGCCGGAGUGCCGCUCGUGGGAGUUGCGAUGUUCACCUCUGCCGAAGGGGCGGAGCACCCCGGAGCCUCCUAGGACUGCUCCUAGGAUGUACCGCAGGCCCGAGGUCACCCAACCGCUGUCUCUGAUCAUCACUGAAGAGCCAAAAUCCGAGCGAAGAAGUUCCUACAGAAAAGCGUUGAGUUUCGACUCCAGCCUGGACGCCCCGAAGUUCCCCAGGUUUGUAGAUCCAAUCUGCCAAUUGGCUAAGCAGAGCAAAAACUGCUUCAGGAGUUGUCAGAAGACCCCCAGUAAAGAAAGCAUACAAACUCCGGUCGUAGAGAUCGUCGAGAAGAACAAAGUGAAGUCGCUGAUGAAGACGUUCUCGAGGGAGAACUCAAUAGAGACGAGUCCUGGGCCCCUGCAUCCUCUGGACAUGAAGGAUGACGGGAGGACGGGAAGACCGCCUUUACCUGACGUCGUGAAGGAUCUACCUCCCUGCGACAGGAGGUCUCGAGCCAGGACGAGGACACCCGCUCUCAGGAUGAGAGGGAAAAGCGUGGAUGUCUUGCCGAGUACGGAGAACAACAGAGUAGCGGAGUUGAUCGCCAGGUGUCAACAGGAAGACAGGUAUGUUCCAGUCCGCGACAAGAAGCUGUUGUUUGAGUCGCUGGGUCGGGCGAGUUCUCAACCUAGGUUUGUCCUGAGCAGCGAUAACCUCGUAGACCUUGCAGAACCGAGCAUCGUCCUACCUGAACCUCCCAGGACCCAGAGUCUACACGACCUCUCCAACAACAAUGUUGCCGUCAAGGAGAUCUGCCGGUACUUCGAGCAGCGCGGUGGGUCCAGAGGGGAGUUGGCUGCCAGGAGCCCAUCCCCGGAGUGUCGUCUGCGGCUGCCGACCCCCAGCAAGCCCCUGGGGCCUCUAGAGCCCCUCAGACCCCGCGGUGACCGACGACUAGCCAGACUACUGCAGACGAUUGUAGAGUGUGAGCAGAACAUCUGGAGGCUGCAGGACCAGGCGGACAAGCUCUCUCAUAACCGCAGAGGAGGGAGCACUAGGCUGCAAGUAGCAGUGGAAUGUCGUCUUGACGAGGAACGCGAGAGGCUCAAGAAGCUACAGGAUGAACAGUUCAAGGUGCAGAGAGAACUGGACUCUAACCCGCAACCUUUCGUACUAACAGCAGUACCGAGACACCACAGCAACGUCCGAUAACCUUCAUCAUUUAGAAAUGUAGUCUUGGUAAAAUCUCAGCUUGUACCACCUUUUGUAUAUCAAGAAUCGAGUUCCGUAACAUUUUUGCAAUGUACCAGUACUGGACUGUUCAUUAUUGUAGCCUUUUAUAUUGUAUAUGGUCUGAGGUUUUGUAACUAAUGGAUAUUCAUUUAUAAUCCUGCCUGAUUUAUUAUUCUUAAGAACUUAAGAGAAUUUACUGGUUUUACAUUACAGUACUUGAAAAUGAUUAAGUUUGGGUUAACCAUGAAUCUACAUAAGUUACUGAAUAAAAAAUAUGUAGGCUAUAUUUCAAAAUUUAGAUUGUUGAAUAAUAAGAACAUAACCCAGUUUCAGUUAACAUCUAACUAAACUGGAUUCUACAAUAACAGAAAAGAUAAAUAUCUCACCUAAAUACAUUCAUAAGUGUAAUUGUACUAAAUUUAGUGUAAAUAUAUGUUUAGUUUUUCUGUACAAAUUUCAGUUACAGCCAAGAUUGUGCCCAUUUUAUUUCCCGUACCAAAGCAAACCGAGUGGUGCUGUAAAGAAGAGUCUAGUUGUUUUUUUAUUUAUGUUAAUAAUUUAUGUUACCUGUUGUAAAUAAAUUAAGUUUAUUUUUCUUA